CAUCGCUGUGCGCGCCCUCAAGCGUUGUAUUGGCUUUCGAAUCCCUUCGGCGCCACCAACAAAGCCGAUUUCUGUCAUUCGACUAUAAUAUAGUUGCAUCUAUCAGUAACAAUACAACAAUCGCUAUCGGAUUUGCGUGUCCGCAAUAGAGAGAAACAACUAGAGUUACAAUCGCUUUGCGUCAAAACGCUAUUGUGCAAAGGAAAAACCGCCAGUAACCCAAUUGACCAGCCAAUCAAGCAUCACUUAAAUCCUCCGUAACGUUUUCAUUUGCUUUGCAUAGCGGCAGGUACCGUCGUCCGUUGGUCAUUGUCGACGUCCUGUUGAUCAUCGUUUUUGCUGUUCGUCACGUAAAACGCGCAUUUCGUAUCGUAUCGUGGUAUUAAGGGUGGACUACUAUUUAGACCGGGGCGUUGACCGCGACACAAUUUAUCAUGACAGAAGCAGUGAGUGGUGGCCAUGGGUCGUACGCCGGAGGCCGAGAGGAAGCAAAAAGCCCGCAGGUCUAGUUUAACUAUCACUGCUACUAUUGGCGGUCGAAUUGAGCAGAAAGUAUUUCUCAAUUCACCCGACUUGAAAUGCAGGUUUUACAAUUACUGCUGUAGCGAAGGGAAUAGAAGAUGAGUGCGGUGCUACAGCGUUGGUGUAUGGGAGCUCUCACAGCUAGAGGGUGAGCAACAACCCGCCUACACGUCCAUCACUCCUAAGCAGUACACAUGAUACAGGACAGUGAAUAUAGAACCUUAAUAGUAGUAGGUCGCAUACUAGUGAUAUAUGUAGUGACGACUGAGAGGAACUGAGGAGCCGAAAUGGCCGGAGGCGGCAAAACGCUCAAGAUACAGCUGAUGCUGGAAAAGUGCACAGAAGGACAUGAAUCUAACGGAACGCCGACGCCUGCCGACAACAACGAAAGCGGCAAAUCCAGAAAAGAAGUCUUCUACAAGGGAGAUGGCGCGCGUUUCGAUUUGGACACGACUAUUAAAUUCAACAUUAAUGGUACUUAUGAGCUCAGUAUUAUCUUCCGGCCCGUUGUUCGUAUUGAGCGCAUGGAGAUCAUGGGCGAUGUGAAGACACCGUCAGAAAAGAGUCGUGAUCUUGAAAGCGUGACGUACGUAGCGUACUUCGAUACGAAAGCGAAACAGAACAGUAAAAACGGGAAAAGAGAUAAGAUUCACAUCUUCCUGGAUCUUGGCGAAUAUGGCCCAUUGAAUUUCGACCUGCAGGCUAAAUACUACCGAGAAAAGGACAAUCACGCAGUCUGGGGCAAUCAACUUCAUCAUAUCGACCUCGAGGCUUUCUGCAGUGGUGGAGAGGUAAAGAUAUCGAAGAUGCUGUUUUGGUAGGACCAUCGUCAAUCUAGCUCGACGACUCCCGCGGCCUCCGACAGCAUUGCAUUGACCGUCUACAUCCAUUCACCCAACAAGCCUCAUUGUUACUAUCCUUACCAAUAAUCAAUUAUGGUAACUGAAAGCUGCUAGAAGACCAAAUGAAAUAGAAUGAUCCAUCUUCCUCUAUUGUUACUGUUGUAGCAACUUGCCGGUACUGAGUGGUGCGGAUGUCCAGAAGUUACAAAAAAAAGAAAACGCUAGUAAAGCAGUUCAACAAAUUGGUACGGUAAUGGAGCUUCUUCAGAAGUAAAUCAUUAGAGGAUUGACCUGACGAAGGUGUGCGUUCAAUCUCUUAUUUUCAAUUGCUAAUAAGCUUAGUUGAAAUUUGAAUAAAUGGGACCCAACCCCAAGUAUCCACGCUGCACUAGCGUGUACUUAGCCGACUGUAGUCCUGCUUUAGACAAGGCCAUUUAAUGUGAGCAAAGUGUCAUGAAAAAAUUACUCAUUUAAUACAUUGUUAAUUAACGACAGGCUUACGCAAGUCUUAGCAUUAGAAGUAUCGUAACAUUGCUAGUAAUGUAAUCUAAACUAGCAUCCUAUAAUAGGGCUAGCUACUACUCACGUUAAAGAAACCUGUUUCAGCCAAAAGCCAAUACAGAUCUACUGCAUCGACUAGCCUGAACUUCCAGAAACAUUCGGACGCGAAAUAUCGAUACAAGUUAAGCGUCAAACGUUUUGGGGAUAGGACGUUUUCAGUAUUGUACGGGAAAACCAUGUGAAAGCUUGUCUUCAGUUGUUGUUUCGACAUAUCGCAUUAGCAUUUGUGACGUUAACUACUAUUGAAUGCAAAGCGAUGACCAUCGAGAGCUCAAUCAGAUGCCAGCAGAUCUUUCCGCCGAAGCCUUGAUCAUGAGUAGACUAUGUAAAGGACAGUAACAACACUAGCAAAGAAAAAUGAUUAUAUAUACAAAGAUGAUCUGAGAAACUAAAUCCAAGUGAGAUGGUCAGCACUGCGUGACACGAAUUCCUAUGACAAACACAUCAGCGUUUCAGCCAAGUUUGUGUACGGAGCACAAAAACGAUAUUUGCGUAUGGGGCUAUUGUCGACGAAUUGGUGCUUCACAGAGUUUUGCUAUAAUUGUUUGGUACAGAUUUGGUAUUGUUUAUUGCUUGUGCAUAGCUGAAUGCACCUAAUUCGAAGAAAAUCCAACAUAAGCUAGAAGAAGAAUCUAGAACGGCAAACUGUGAUCAGCAGCCACGUUUUGUAUCUCGAACCAAUUUUUUCUUUUUUGUAAUUUAUGAAUUUUAGCGUGUUUCGUUGUUACGAGCCGUUCAGCUUUGGAGUCUCAAAGAACGAAUAAUGCCUGUCCUGCAGGCGGCUCUUCGAGAUAAUCGCAAUACUUUUGUGCCUACUCUCAUUCGCACUUGUGGUAGUACCAUAACGAUCAUCACUCAACAACUGAACAUGCACAUAUAUAUCGUGAUAUAGGAUAUAUGUGUGUCAUGGAUGUCCUGUUUGUUUCCCUACUCUAUGUAUCAUAGAGUGCGUGAUAUUUAUUGGUCGAAUAAGAAUAGAUAGGCUAUCCAGACGAACAAAAGCUUUGCUCAUUUCUGGAUAAUAGUUACAAUAAUCAUGCCAUGAAAUGGGACGUAGUUAAUGGCUGAAUAUAAAGCUGGGAAGUCGUUUCAGAAACUAUUGCUAGCAGUAAUAACACUAUUCUACUAUUAUAACUAUGUUAUUGUCCUUAUAUUUGUCAUCAUUUUGUAGGUAAGGAGGGAUCGGCCUCUGUACAGCCAGCAUAGAUCCCGGACUACAACGUACAUCCAUCACAACAACGAUAAACAUACAUAUAUAUGUUUUAUGCACACACACACACACACACACAUAUGUGUGUGUGUGCAUAAAACGAAACACUCUGUUUUCAAAGCACACAAACAAUAACGAAAACAGCGCUUUUAUAUACCCACAUGCGUGUGUGUAGAUGGGGCAAAAUUGAGGAGUGAACGGACCUAAAGGCGUGCUAAUAAUGGGUGAGAAACAGGAAAAUUGGGAUCUACGAAGCACGUAAGAGUAUAAAGGUAUGUGCGCUAGCGAAGACAUCUGCCUGUUCGUCUGUAUGUGCCCGUGUACGUGCCCCCGCAAGUGGGAUACGACCCGGGUGGGAGACGAGCGGACAACUCGAAACAACAAACACAGCAAGCAAGAAGCUAACUAAUAACCAAUCUCUAAUAGUAGCCAUUAUAACACAAAAAUUGCUUCGACCAACGAAAGUGGCUAGCCGGUUGGUGCAGAUUCUAAUUUUAUGGUCGCAUAAUAGACGGAAACAAUGCCAUUGGAGGCAACAGUAGCAAUAUCAAGAAUAACGAUAACUCGAAACAGCUUACAAGCUCAUGUGCAUCACACAGAACACCUUUAGUUACUCUGAUGUCAGGAUAUAAACGUUGCUAUGCGGUUAACCUGCGCUGGCAAUAGUUAGGCAUUGAAGUGCUCGACGUAGGAGGCAAACUGAUACUCAAAACGUGGUUACCAAACGCUUCACUUCAGGGGUCAAGCGACCGAGGACUAAUUGCUUCCACGUCCCUUGAGACUACUUAGAAUAAAUUCAUAGUUUGAGGAAACUUAGCUUCAACUGUGCAUUUGUUUAAGUGGGCCCGUGAUUUCUUUCGCUCUGUAUAGAAAAUAUCGUUUUGCUGUUAGUUGCAAUUUUCCUUCGUCAAUUUAUGCUGUUCUGGCGAUUUAGUCUGCUAUUUCGCGAAUAAAUUAUGGAGAAAAACGGCGAAGCGUACAUGCGUCUACAGCGCACAAACUUAAAAUAUACGAACCAAAGAGAAUAAACAGGGUUUGAUGGGAUGUAAUAAAAACCAGGUCGACUGCUAACUUGGAACAUACGCACUUGUACAUAAGUAAUCCCCGAAUUUUGUGUCGGACUCUGUAUUAGAAGACACGGUUGAGCAUCAGCAGGGUUCUUCUUGCAUCGUCAAUCACUAAGCAUUUGUUAUUUAGCAUUGGAUAGAUAAAUUACAGUUAUCUUCGUCAGUAACAAUUGAUAUAAAGGUUCUUUGCCAAGGAGUACUUUUCUAGCUUGUGAUAUAUGUAUCCCCGUAUUACCUGCAUAUACAAUAGUCAUUUUGAUGGUAUAAACGACCAUUUUAGCAGUAAUAAUUUAUAACUAGCAGUUAUUAUCUCGGCGGGAACGGAUAGCAUCAUUGUAGUUGGACUCGAAGCGUUUAUACUCCCCAAUACUCUAUGAUAACAACGUCAAGACUCGAAAAUAAUUUUCAUCACAUUAAUUGAAUGAAAUAUACUUGAUUCAGCAGGAACAAAAAAUGGUGAACCAUAGCGCAUUGUCUGCCUGUGUUUCCUUGCGGGAUGCGUCAGUUUACGACGUGACUAGUAUGUCUGCAAGCUCGCAUCGUCGCCCCAGGAACAAACCAUGUUUUUACGUUCGUUCAAACAUCAUAUGCCAUUUGAUUUCAUGAUGAACACGCGAAGGAGACGCGUACGCGUACUCCUCAUCGUACAUACGCGUGCCGGUACAUAUGGCCAUGCCUAUGGUCGAAAACAACUAUAUAUCAUUCAUACUGGAGAUCAGUACGAGACACGACAACAAAGAACAACAAACUAUCAUCUACUACAGACAAGGGUUUUCUGUGGAGCUCCGUGAAACGGUAACGAAAACACUCUGCGAAUCGAUAAAAUUGACGCUCAAUUAUGCAAGGCCGUGAUUUGAAGCAAGUGGUCCCCGAAAAGACGUGAAGCCGACACCGCCUAGCGUCUGUAGUGCAAAUUAAACCUUUUGAGGUGAGAAAAUAAUUACAGACAGACUCCCACUUUUGUUGUUCAAAGACACGGACAUAGGGUACUAAAUUUCCUCCUUUAAACUUCCUUUAAACUGUUACUUUCGAAAACUAUGUCGAAAAAUAAUGAUCGCUUUUCUAGCUAGGUCCCAUAUAUUACGAGUCGUGUCAGCCGUCGGCUGUUAUCUGAAAGCUGAGAGUAGUCGUUUUCAACUUGUCAGAAUACCCUUAUUCAAACUUCAGAUAGAGUGUGAGUAAAAUUUUUAUUAUUUUACUACCACAGAAGACCAAAUGCUGUUGAAGCCUAUGAAAAGAAUUGCUCUAUUUAUGGGAUGAAAUGGCCCGAAAAUAGUUCUGUCGCUUUCGUUAUGAUAAUUUCUAUGUGAAAAAUUCUGCCCGUAGUGGUCAACCAAUUGUGGAAAAAGUUAAUAAAAUUAUCGCGGAAGUUAAGAAGGACCGACACCUGCGUGGCUACAACAUCUCCUAGGAGCUAAUUCUUUACCAAAGACUUUUAAGAAGCUGGCUACAAAAACGCAAAGGAAUCGAACUAUUUCUAAAGCGGUUGAUCCCGGAUGAUAAGAAGUUGACCAUAUGUGACAGUGCGUAAACUGCUCCACAAUCUGAAAGACUGAUGCCAAAGAAGGAAAUUUAUGCCCUUGGUGGAACCAGAAAAGUAUUAUGAAUCGCUUCCACCGGACAAAACGACUGGAUCGAAUUUUUUUUUUUGUUUUUUUAACUAACGAGAUAAUUCGCCUUUAAAAAAAAACUCGACUAGACCUCGUACAUCUUUGGGUGACUGGCAAAAAUUGAAAAAACUUGGAUGGGAAUGCCUAUUGUAUCUACAGUAUAGCCGAAACCUUCUAUCAUAAGGCUACUGCAGACUGCUCCUUCAGUGGUGUUGACUCAAUUUCAACGGAAGAAUGCAUAAUCGUUUGCUACAACUUUUCGUCGAUGAUCACAGGUAAUCAAAAGUGCAUCACAUACGACAGUGGCAAACUAAACAAACUGUGUGUCCUGCGGGACUGGAAAAAAGUCGUGCAUUAUAGGCUUGUGUCGCCUGGCAAAAGCGUCGUUUUCGAUCCCUAGCGUCAAAACGUAGCAACAUUACAUUAAGGCAAUGAAGAGAACGACCGGAACUAAUGAACAUAAAAGGCGUCGUCUUCCAAAAUGACAAUGGCAGAACAUCUUUAGCUUUGCUACCUUGCAAAAAUUAGGAGAACUUCAAUAACAUAUUGCAUCCGCGCUACAGCCCGAUCCUUGCGAUACCUUGCAGAUCAUCAUCACCUAUGCCAGUCUCUGCAUAACUCCCCUAAUGGUAUUAGUUUAAUUUCAAUGGAGGAAUGCAAAUAUUACUUGUCAUAAUUUUUUGCUCAGAAACCAUAGAUAUUCCAUACCUCCAGGUGGAAUCAUGCUGUUACUAGAAAAAUUGAAAAAAACGUAAGAUUAUUGUAGUAAGUAAAAUACGAAAUAUUUAGUGUAAUUUUAGCUUUAAAGCGAUCAAUGAUUUUUCGACAACCCAAUCUAUAUAUAGAUCGGGUUGUUGGUAUAUAUAUAAUAUGACAGACGGCUCAUGAGACAGUAAGUUGAUAACUUGAAAGUUACAUUUGUACGACACGUGCAUAUGUUGGUAAUAAUUACAAUAGUAUUAUUACAUAUUUUCAACUAAAUAUACAAAGAUGAAUGAGAGGUCACGUGCUACUCCAGUCGUUGCGUAGUGCUGACAUUCUUAUGAUUCUACAGCGAUUGACGAUGAAUGUAAGUGGCAUUCAUGUAAAAGUAAAAAUAAAAAAAUUAUUAUCCUACAACAAAAACAACUACAGGAUAAGAUACGUAACAAUGGGGCAAGCGGCCGCCUCAGUCGUAAGAGCAAAUCACCUAUGAACCCGUAAACAAUAAAAACGCUUUUGAAUAAUGUGAUAAAAAAUAAUAAAUACAAUGAUGACAACAAUUGAAUACUAACAAUUACAGUAAUGGCAAUAAAUGGCGAGAUAUAUAAUCAAGUUACAAGGGAACCAUUUCAUUACGUUAUUGUGAUGAUACUAAUAAAAUAAAGAUUUAAAACCAGGAAUUGAGUUCCUUGGUUUCCUGG